UAGAUGAGUCGUUACUGCCACACUCUAUAAUAUUACAAAUUUGCACCUAUCGCUAGGAUUAAGUCAUCCUCUUUUCUUGCUUAUGCGGUAUCUAGUCUAUGCGACCGUCAUAAGUCAUUGCAGAGACUUGAAGUUGCCGGUGGCAUGGACUGGUGAUCAGCGACGGAACCAGCCCAGAACAGCAGAGGACCAGGACAAGGCCCCAUCUGCCGUUUUGAAAACGAUCACACGGAAUGAUUCAAGACGAGAUAGAUCGAGCCUCUUCCAGGUAGGUGUCCUGUCCGGGGUAGUGAUGUGGGGCAGUGCACUUAGUGCACUACGUAGAUCUAUUCUCAUGCGAUGGCCGCUCUCCCUGAUGAUACACUUUGUCUGUCUUUCGAAGAGCUAGAUGAUUCUCUGGCACGCACGCUAAUUGUAAUCGACCAUGAGCAAAGCAUAUGAGCCUACUGCGCAAUGCGUAUGUCCGAGAUGAAAGGAAGUCCUGCACAGGGCAAAUCAACA